AUGCUAGAAUUGGAGAGAUUUCUGAAACCUUGGGGUUUGGAGCUGAGAAACGGUUGUAAGCGCGCGCAAGGCUGCGUCGAACUCAUAAUAAUAGAUGCGAAUGAAGCGAAAGGUCCUGGUCAUAGAUCUUUGAAACACACCACAUUUAAAUCACGAACUGCGAUUGGUUUGAAUUUUCGUAGAUGA